CUUCCUUUAUAAACGCCUGCUUCCUCUGCUUUCAGCCUCAUCCAUCGUUAACCAUUAACCUGUCGGUUUAAUCACAAAAACCAUGGCAGUCUUGAAGGUCCACGGUGCCGUUCUCUCAACAGCUUCAAUGCGUGUUUUUGCAUGCCUUUACGAGAAGGAUCUUGAUUUCCAGUUUGUUCCCGUAGACAUGAAAGCUGGUCAACACAAAUCGGAAACAUUCCUUUCCCUCAAUCCAUUUGGUCAAAUCCCAGCAGUAGAAGUUGGAGACCAAAAGCUAUUCGAAUCAAGGGCAAUUACCCAAUACAUCGCUGAGGAGUAUGCUGACAAGGGCACUCAGUUAACAUGCCCAGGCAAGCCUUUGGCUCCGCUUUUUGUAUGGAAGGAGGUUGAAGCACACCAAUUCGAUCCUGUAGCAUCAAAAUUGAUCUGGGAACUAGUAUAUAAGCCAAUGUAUGGCACGACUACGGAUCCAGCUGUGGUUGAAGAGAAUGAAGCUAAGCUGGGCAAGGUGUUAGACAUCUACGAGGCUCGAUUGGCUCAGUCCAAGUACUUGGCCUGUGACUGCUUCACCUUAGCAGAUAUGCAUCACCUCCCUAAUUUACAUUACUUGAUGGGGACACCAGUCAAAAAACUGUUCGAUUCACGCCCGCAUGUUAGUGCAUGGGCUGCAAAUAUCUCAUCUAGACCAGCUUGGUCUAAGGUCGUUGCCAUGCAGAAGCAAUAGAUAUUUGGGCAUUUAGCCAC